AUGAAGAAUCCAAUCAAGACCAAGAAGCUUCAGAAGUUUGCGAAGCGGCCCAAACCCCAAAGACUAGAGAGCCUAUUGGAACUCUCUGAAGAAAUAGCCGAGAAGUCAGGACGAUGGAUAUACGCGCAGUUGCUCCGCGGAAUGCGAUACAUCUGGUGGGAGACCGACCGAGAAACGUUCGUGCAAUGGGCACAAGCGAUCAUCGAGAUGGAGCUGCGCCUCCGCGAAUCCACCCAGCGCGAGGCCUAUCUCAAAGAAUUGAUUCAAUAUCAACACCAGUACCGCACCCUCGACGAGCGGGCCCGUCUAGAGACGCUAAUCGAGGAACUCAUCUCCCUGGAUCGCGACUAUCGGAAUCUCGAACAGGCAUAUGUCAAACUGAUUGCGGAAUGUCCAGAAGGGUCCAUGAAGAGCGCUUAUUUAGCAUUCCGACAGCAGCCUCAGUGGCAUAUGAUGAGCCAGUGGCUGCGUCAGGAUUAGGCUAUUGUGGCUGCUCAAGUCAAGUAA